AUGUCGAGUGCCAGGAACGUCUCGGUCGCCCUGCGGAGGGCUCGACUGCCCAGACCCCGCUGUUUCGUCCAGCCCAUCGUCUCCCGUGCUCCUUCUCGCCUCGCUACUCGCUCAUUUAGCGUCACCUCCGCCGUCAAUGCGACCAAGGAGAUCAAGUACACCAGCAGCGCGUAUCCCAACCUCAAGCGUGACCCCAAGUUUGCCGAGAUUACAGCCGAAGAUGUGGCCUUUUUCAAGGAGCUGUUGGGCUCCCAGUCGGCUGUGAUCGAUGGUGUGACGACCGAUGCCGCCGAUGAUAUCGAGCCGUUCAACAGUGACUGGAUGCGCAAGUACCGCGGCCACACAAGACUGGUGCUGAAACCUCAGAACAAGGAGGAGAAAUUGGCGGUGGUUCCCCAGGGUGGCAACACUGGAUUGGUGGGAGGUUCCGUGCCGGUGUUCGAUGAGAUUGUCAUCAAUACGUCGCGCAUGAACAAGAUUCGCUCCUUUGACGAGGGCUCGGGAGUCCUGGUCGCUGAUGCGGGUGUUAUCCUGGAGGUUGCGGAUCAGUACCUGGCGGAGCGGAACCAUCUGUUCCCUCUGGAUUUGGGGGCUAAGGGCUCAUGCCAUAUCGGAGGUAAUGCUGCUACGAAUGCCGGCGGACUGCGUCUGCUUCGGUAUGGUAGUCUUCAUGGCAACAUCCUCGGUGUUGAGGCGGUAUUGGCGGAUGGUACUAUUGUCAACUCUCUCUCGACUCUGCGCAAGAACAACACCGGUUACGACCUCAAGCAGCUGUUCAUUGGCGCGGAGGGUACGAUCGGUAUCAUCACUGGACUUUCCAUCCUGUGCCCUCCCCGCCCGAAGGCGGUCAACGUGGCCUACUUUGGUGUGGAGAGCUACGAGCAAGUGCGCCAGGCGCACCAGGAGGCAAAGUCUCAUCUCUCUGAGAUUCUCUCCGCUUUCGAGCUCAUGGACGGCCGCAGUCAGCAGCUUGUCCACCAGUCCACUGGCAACAAGAAUCCUCUGGAUAGUGAAUACCCCUUCUACUGUGUAGUCGAGACCAGCGGAUCGAAUGGUGAGCACGAUAUGGCCAAGCUUGAGAGCUUCUUGGAACACAUCAUGGGCGAGGGUAUCGUCGCCGAUGGUGUCUUGGCGCAGGAUGAGACUCAGUUCCAGGGUAUCUGGCGCUGGAGAGAAGGUAUCACCGAGGCUCUGAGCCAUCUGGGUGGCACUUACAAGUACGACGUCUCGAUUCCUCUUCCCGAACUCUACCAGCUCGUGGAGGACUGCCGCGAGCGUCUGACCAAGCUUGGGUUUGUCGGUGACGAUGACUCCUUCCCUGUCCGCGCUGUUGUUGGCUAUGGUCACAUGGGUGACUCGAACCUGCACUUGAACAUUUCUGUGCGGGAGUACAACAAGGAGGUCGAGAAGGCCAUUGAGCCCUGGGUGUACGAGUGGAUCCAGAAGCGCAACGGUAGCAUCAGUGCCGAGCACGGACUGGGAAUUGCAAAGAAGGAGUUCAUUGGUUACAGCCAAGACGAGACCAUGGUGAAACUGAUGAAGCAGUUGAAGGAUUUGUACGAUCCAGUAAAUUGGCGUUGGAUUGUCCUUAUCAGGUCUCUGCCUUCUUCCAUAUCCGUGAGGACCUGCUUCAUGUUAUAUAUACGCCGGUCAACCUUACAGGACACCCUUCCAUAUCGCGCCGACAAAUACGGAAACAUGGCGGACGAUAUGGCGAACCAGUACCAGAUGAUGGAGGAGUUGGGCAGUGGCAGUUUUGGAAUCGUGUACAAGGCCAUUGAAAAGUCGACUGGAGAGAUUGUUGCGGUCAAACACAUCGAUCUCGAGUCAAGCGAAGAUGAUAUCCAAGAAAUUCAACAGGAGAUCUCCGUGCUGGCGACGUGCGCGAGUCCCUUCGUGACGCAAUACAAAGCCAGUUUUCUUCGGGGUCAUAAGCUGUGGAUUGUCAUGGAAUAUCUAGGCGGGGGGUCUUGUCUUGACCUGCUGUUACAGGGCUUGGAUUACUUACACAGCGAAGGAAAGAUUCACCGCGAUAUCAAAGCUGCAAAUGUGCUUCUCUCACAUGUCGGAAAGGUCAAAUUGGCGGAUUUUGGCGUGGCGGCACAGCUGAUCAAUAUUAAAUCACAACGUAACACGUUCGUCGGAACCCCGUUUUGGAUGGCACCAGAAGUGAUUCAGCAGUCGGGAUACGAUUACAAGGCAGACAUUUGGUCACUGGGAAUUACCGCUAUUGAGAUGAUUAACGGAGAGCCACCACAUGCCAGCACUCAUCCGAUGAAAGUACUCUUUCUGAUCCCGAAGGAGCCGGCUCCCCGACUGGAAGGCGAUAAAUACAGCAAUACCUUUAAGGACUUUAUCGCCCAAUGUCUCACCAAGGACCCGGACCGUCGACCGAGCGCAAAAGAGCUUUUACGACAUAAAUUUAUCCGGAAUGCGGGGAAGACCGAAGCGCUACAAGAGCUGAUCCAUCGGAAACAGGAUUGGGAUGCUGGACGGGGGGUGACGCGGAAUGUCAAGUACUAUGCUGAAUCCUUGAAUACCAUCACGCACUUGAAGGAUGACGACGGAUGGGUCUUUGACACAGUCAAAGCACCUACCAUGAAAAUCCCGGAGGACCCAUACGUGGACGAAAAUGACUUAGCCUCCCAAGACUUCCUGUACGACGAAACAUCGGAAAUGAUAAACGACAUGCGCAUCUCCAGCCCUCCGCCCCUGCCGAAGCACGCUCCGAAUAGCGCAACGAAUAGCGCGGUUAAUACCGCGGUGAGACGAACCCCGGCCCCUGAGCGCAGUCCUUCCACGCGGCGAAGCUAUAGGAAGCGGCGAUCCAGUGGAAUCAAGCAGCCUCUGGGCGUCGACUUGACCUUUGGCAACAGUCCAUCGACCGUCCGGCAGUUUCGUCGAGUAUCGGACAAGAUCCCGUCCGAAAAUUCGUAUAGCUCCCAGUACUCCUGUGGACCUGAUGAGAACAGUAGCCCGAAGACACUGUUCUCGGAGCCGAACAGCAAGGAAGCGCAACUCGGACGACGGGCAUACAGCAAAGCUGUUGGACUGUCCUGCCAGGAGGUUCUGGGGACCACUGGGGACCAGGAAAAGCGAGAGGCGAUUUCCCGGCUGGCAGAGGCCUGGAGUGAUCUUGAAAUGGUGGAUCCCGAGGGCUUGUACCACAUUCUUAAGAUCAUGAACGAAAAGCUUCAAGGUGAUCCAAAGUUGUCAGGUCUUGUCCCACAGGCAGCUCCACCACCCGAAUCCCCACAGAGACCACGUCUAGUUUUGGCACAAAACAACCCGCACCUAAAAAGCCACCGACGGCGGCAAUCCACGGCAGUAGCUGAGCCCAGUUUGCAACCGGCGCAAUUAGCCAACCUUCCGGGCCAACAAGUCCCCGGAAUGGAGCAUACCAAGCAGUUGUCGGAUGUGCUCUACCAGCGGUGGUCCGAAGGGCUGCGCAACCGCUGGCCCGGGAUCUAA